AGCUGAUUGGUGGAGAGAUUGAGGAAAAGGUAAUCGGGAGAGUCCAGGUUGUGGCCGAGGUAGACACAGGGUUGAGCUUUGGGUGCAAAUUUGCCGCCGUGGGUGCGACGUUCCUGAGGGUUGAGGAGGACAUAAGCUGUACACCCCCAUACGCGGAGAGGACGUGCACUGGGCUUGGUGCCGGUCCACAGUUCAGCGGGAGUGAUGGCAGGCCGAAGAGGAGGAAUAGCCGAUAAAGAGGGAAAUCUGAACGCCAAAAAUCUAUGGAAACCCGCGAUGUGCUGCUGCAAUCCCGCUGCUCCGCGACCCCCCCUUUUCCGCUUCGCCGCUGCCCCCUUUCCGCUUCGCCGCUGCACCCCCCCGCUGUUGCAAGGGCGACGGGCGACAGCCCGUCCAGCUUCGACGAGCAGAUGCGGGGCGACGGGCUCAGCCCGAUCAGGUGCGACGAGCAGAUGCAGGGCGACGGGCUCAGCCCGAUCAGGUGCGACGAGCAGAUGCGGGGCGACGGGCUCAGCCCGAUCAGGUGCGACGAGCAGAUGCGGGGCGACGGGCUCAGCCCGAUCAGGUACGACGAGCAGAUGCGGGGCGACGGGCUCAGCCCGAUCAGGUGUGACGAGCAGAUGCGGGGCGACGGGCUUCAGCCCGAAAAGAAGCGCCGCGCUGAGUUGAGGCGACUAGAAAAGCUUUGCGUCGUAAGACGCAAAUGCUAGGCUCCAACGGAGCGAGAGGAUCAAGAGCCGCUUAGGCGGAAACGAGCUCUGAUACCAUUUCAGAAACUGAGAACUUGAUUGAUUGAAAUGAGCAAGAGCAUACAUCCUUAAGUACCGA